UUCAUUCUUGUCAAAGACUACACUGGGCAUUUGACAUUUCAGGCUCUCCCCAAACACUUGAAAAAGCAGCAAUGAUGGGAUCGAAAAGAGAAACCAUGUGCAAUGAAGUUCAAGACAAACUCAAGGCAGAUAGCACAGGUUCUGAACUGAGUGACGGUGAUUCCUUAUCUCUGAAUUCUGGAAAUGCACGACACUCACCUGUCGCUACGUGCACUUCACGGAAUGUUGGUGAUCGGGUGCAGUGCGAAAAGAAUAAAAACUUUCUUCUCAGUGAAGAAAGCAAAGUUUCAGAGAUGUGUGAUUCUGGCAAAGAGGAGGCAAAUUCAACUCAGCUGUCUUCAGAGAAACACAAUGAUGCCCUUGUCUACACUCCUACAGAACAAAGCCCAAAGUCUCUAUGGUACGCCAUUGAUAAUGUUGGAUUGGAGGCCAGCCUGAGUGAACUAUUCCCUCUGGAAGUUGGGAUCAGCAAUGCCUAUAUCAAUAUUGUUGGCAUGACUUGCCAGUCAUGUGUGCAGUCAAUAGAGGCACAAAUUUCUAAACAGAAUGGCAUUGUUAGCAUCAGGGUGUCUCUCAAACACAAUACUGCUAUGGUGCAAUAUGUACCUACAAUAAUCACUACUCAGCAGAUAUGUGAGGCAAUUGAUGACAUGGGCUUUGAAGCAUUUCUCUCUAAUCCACCUCUGCUUGAGAAGGGAGUUCAUUUACCUGUUGAGGCAAUGGUGAAAGUGAAGGUGGAAGGCAUGACUUGCCACUCUUGUGUAAGCUCAAUUGAAAACAAAAUUGGAAAACUGCCUGGUGUGCAUCGAGUUAUGGUCUCCCUUAACAACCAAGAAGCAGUUAUAGUUUACCAGCCUCAUGUGAUUCAACCUGAAGAGCUUCAAAACCAAAUUAAUGGCGCGGGUUUUCAAGCCACAAUCAAGAGCAGGAGAAGCUCUCUGAAGCGAGGUGUGAACAAUUCUAUUAACUCACAAGAUGGAAAACAAAACAAAACCCUGAAAGCAAACAAGACGACGUCAUGUGCUACCAGGAAACUCAUGACAGUAACUUUCUGCAUAGAGGGAAUGCAUUGCAAGUCUUGUGUCUCUAAUAUUGAAGGAAAUGUCAGAAACCUCCCAGGUGUGCAGAGUAUCACAGUGUCUUUGGAGGACAGGAAAGCUAUUGCAAAGUAUGAUCCUCUCUUAACUAAUCCAACAUCAUUAAAAUCGGUUAUAGAGGCUUUACCACCAGGGAAAUUUAAAGUAUAUCUUCCAAAUGGGAUGGAAAUGAGAAGUGAGACUUCAUUAUCAAUUCCACUUACACCAUUACUACAUCCGCCAAAUGAUAGUACUCAAAAGCACUUUCAAAUUUCUACCAUGGCAACUGUCUUCAGCAUUGGAGGAAUAACUGAUAACUCUUGCAUCCAGUCUAUAGAGAGUGAGAUCUCCCAAAGAAAAGGUGUGAAAUUAAUCAAAGUUUCACCAGCCAAAGAGCAAGCAACAAUCCACUUUGACCCGGCAUUAACAGACUCGGAAGAAUUGAAAACUGCCAUAAAUGAGAUGGGAUUUGUUGCUUGUGUAUCUGAAUCUUCGAGUCAUUCCACACCAACAAAAAAUGAACAGUCUGCUGAAAGGAAGAAUCAAACUUUGCCAUCCAAUGAUUAUGUCCUUGAGUUUCUACCAUCCAAGACCAGAUCCAAUAACCAAAACAAUGAAGAGCAUGUGGCAACAGAAAAAUGUUUCCUACAGAUUACUGGUAUGACUUGUGCUUCUUGUGUUGCCAAUAUUGAAAGAAAUCUUCAAAAAGAAGAAGGUAUACAUUCUGUUCUGGUAGCACUGAUGGCAGGAAAAGCAGAAAUAAAAUAUAACCCGGACAUCAUCCAACCUACUGCCAUUGCAGAAUUUAUCAAAGAUUUAGGCUUUGGUGCUACUGUGAUAGAAGACACAUCUGCAGUUGGAAACUUGGAACUUAAUAUUACAGGAAUGACUUGUGCUUCUUGUGUUCACAAUAUUGAAUCAAAGUUAACAAGAGUUGAUGGCAUUUUGUAUGUGUCAGUAGCCCUUGCCACCAGAAAAGCCCACAUCCAACUGGAUCCAGAAUUAUUGGGCCCACGUGAUGUCAUCAGAAUAAUUGAGGAACUUGGCUUUGGAGCAACUUUGGUCAAAAGAGAUACAGCAGUACAUAAUCUGGACCAUAAAGAGGAAAUAAAACAGUGGAGGAAGUCCUUCUUGUUUAGCCUUGUUUUUGGCAUCCCUGUCUUUGGCCUAAUGAUGUAUAUGAUAGUGAUGGACAAGCGCAGUAGCUCCAUGCCUCCAGAACAAAAUAUUAUUCCGGGUUUAUCGAUUCUUAAUCUGGCUUUCUUUGCUCUUUGUACUCCUGUUCAGUUUAUUGGAGGAUGGUACUUCUACGUUCAAGCCUACAAGUCUCUUAAGCAUAAAACUGCCAAUAUGGAUGUGCUCAUCGUUCUGGCUACUACCGUAGCAUAUCUGUACUCCUGUGUAAUACUGAUUGUGGGCAUCGCUGAAAAGGCAGAACAAAGUCCAGUGACUUUCUUUGAUACUCCACCAAUGCUGUUUGUCUUCAUUGCCUUGGGGAGAUGGCUGGAACAUGUAGCAAAGAGUAAGACUUCAGAAGCAUUGGCUAAGCUGCUAUCCCUUCAAGCUACGGAGGCGACAGUGGUAACACUGGGACCAGACAACUCAAUACUGGGUGAGGAGCAGGUAGCUGUGGAUCUAGUCCAAAGGGGUGAUGUUAUAAAGGUUGUCCCUGGCGGCAAGUUUCCUGUGGAUGGAAAAGUAGUAGAAGGUUCCUCUAUGGCAGAUGAAUCUCUCAUUACAGGCGAGCCUAUGCCAGUUGUAAAAAAAGUAGGAAGUGUAGUGAUUGCCGGUUCCAUUAAUGCACAGGGAUCUCUGCUGAUUCAAGCAACCCAUGUUGGUUCAGACACAACAUUGUCACAGAUUGUUAAACUAGUAGAAGAAGCACAGACAUCAAAGGCUCCAAUUCAACAACUUGCAGAUAAAUUGAGUGGAUAUUUUGUUCCUUUUAUUGUUGUCAUUUCUGUGGUUACACUCAUCACUUGGAUCAUCAUUGGUUUUGUUAACUUCGACAUUAUGAAAACACAUUUGUCUGGCUACAACAAAAAUGUUUCUAAAGCUGAGCUGAUUGUCAGAUUCGCAUUUCAGACCUCCAUUACGGUUUUGUCUAUUGCAUGUCCGUGUUCCCUGGGAUUGGCAACACCAACAGCUGUGAUGGUGGGUACGGGUGUUGGUGCUCAAAAUGGCAUUCUCAUCAAGGGUGGAGAACCACUGGAGAUGGCACACAAGAUAAAAGUGGUGAUGUUUGACAAGACUGGUACAAUUACACAUGGUGUUCCGAAGGUAAUGAGGGUUCUAGUACUGGGAAACAUAGCUCAACUAUCUCUGAAGAAACUGCUUGCAGUUGUUGGCACUGCAGAAGCCAGCAGUGAACAUCCUCUUGGAAGUGCCAUUACUAAAUAUUGCAAAGAAGAACUUGGCACAGACGUGCUUGGCUACUGCACAGAUUUUCAGUCUGUUCCAGGCUGUGGAAUCAGCUGUAAAGUCACCAACAUUGAAACUGUGCUGAUGAAAAGUGAAGAAAGUCUCAACAAACAAUGUGAACAGAACACACAGUUAAUACAGUUCAGUGACUCACAUGCUGCAGUGUCCCCGCAGAUAAUUGAAGCAGAAGGUGCAGUGGCUUCCCAGGUCUACUCUGUGUCAAUUGGAAACCGGGAGUGGAUGACACGUAAUGGAUUACAUGUCGGAAAUGAUGUUGAUGAGGCUAUGAUUAAUCAUGAAAUGAAAGGACAGACAGCAGUGCUGGUGGCUGUUGAUGGUACACUGUGUGGGAUGAUAGCAAUUGCAGAUACUGUCAAACCUGAAGCUCCACUGGCUGUGUGCACCUUGCAAAACAUGGGAGUGGAUGUGGUACUGCUAACAGGUGACAACUGCAAAACAGCAGCAGCAAUUGCCAGCCAGGUUGGCAUCAAGAAAGUGUUUGCACAAGUUCUUCCCUCACAUAAAGUAGCCAAAGUUCAAGAACUUCAGGAUCAGGGUAAAACAGUUGCAAUGGUUGGAGAUGGUAUAAAUGAUUCUCCCGCCCUGGCUAAAGCUGAUGUGGGAAUUGCCAUUGGAACGGGUACAGAUGUGGCUAUUGAAGCAGCAGAUGUUGUGCUUAUUAGGAAUGACCUGCUGGAUGUUGUGGCUAGUAUCGAUUUAUCAAAAAAGACAGUUUAUCGAAUUCGAAUAAAUUUUAUAUUUGCCUUAAUUUAUAACCUGGUAGGAAUUCCUAUUGCUGCCGGGGUGUUUUUGCCUUUGGGCCUAGUGUUACAGCCAUGGAUGGGUUCUGCUGCAAUGGCGGCUUCCUCUGUUUCUGUGGUAGUUUCUUCAUUAUUGUUGAAACUCUACAAGAAGCCAGAUACAGAAAAACUUGAAUCUCAAGCACAAGGCCGCAUGAAGCAAUUUACACCAUCACAAAUUAGUAUCCGUAUAGGAAUGGAUAACAAGCGUCGAGACUCUCUAAGGCUCAGGAGCUGGGAUCGAUUAAGACACAUCAGUCGAUUAUCUCUAAAUUCAUUAACUUCUGACAGGCAAUCAAAUCAGAGCAUACCUAUUCACGAGGAACAUGAUGAAUGGUCUCUGCUGGUUGGAGAACAAAAUGAAGAGCAUUGUAUCUAAAGACUGAUGAAGAUUGUGAUUUACGAUUUUUACAGAUUUAUUUCUUAUCUAAAUAGUGCCCAUUCAGCUAGGAUUUCAUUAAAGGACCAACAGCUAAAUGGCUGUUAGAUGUAUCCUUAUUUGAUGUACUCUGUGCAUUAAGACCAAGCUGCUUUAUUAACCUUCAUGUGCUUUGAACCAAAUAUACACAACCUUUCUGAAACAACAGUUUUCUAAGGUUUAGGUCUGUGAAAAUGACAUUUUGUACUUAAUGCUAAUUCCUUUACUCUUUGAAAGUCACUAGUGUAUAAAACCUUGACUUCAGAUCAUGAUGCCAUGCAUUUCUGAACAAAGAGAAUUCCAGUAAAUGUUACCCAAUAUAAAUAUUGAUAUCUUUAAAGAUUACCCUCUGUUUUAUUUGUAGAAUUCCCGAUAACAAUGCUUAUACCUUACUAUUGUUUUUUUAAGUCAUCAGAUGGAAAAUGAUUGGCAUCCUGUUUUUAAAAGUAAGCUAAAUCAGGCAUUUCUUUUACCACCAUAGUUGCUGAGCAAAAUUCAGAUGCAAUAAGGAAGAGAAAGAGGUCUGACUCAUGUUCUUUACUGGCUGAAUUGUGCUUCCUAAUGGUUAGUACUAGGGCUGAACAGAGGUUAAGUUGUCAAGGACAGAGAUGCAGUCAGCAUCCAAUGAUAGAAGCAUUUUAAAGAAUCCUCAGUUCUGUCUCCUUGAUUCGACUGUCCUUGAAUCCACAACAAACUGUCAAACUGGUUCAGCCUCACCUUCAUCUCUGACGGACAUGUAAUCAUAAAGGUCAUGUGCCAAGUGAAAAACAAGGCCUUAGGGACAGACAGUGUCCCUGAAGAAGUUCUAAGACCUUGUGUUGAGGACUUUGGUCAUAAAUUCACAACCUAAUCUAUAUCUGCCGGGAACCUCAGAGAUCCUGUAAUUAUUAUCAUCUUCAAGAAUGGAGAAAAACCCAAUAGUGGUAACUACAAAGGGGGUCUCCCUGCUAUUGGGCAAGCCAUGUUGUUCACAAGCCUAAAACCAGACUCCUGGAACAGAUACUCUAUUCCCAGCUCCAUUAUAGCUAAAGAUCAACAGAUGCACAGGGGAAAUGAUUCAAGGAUGUUCUCUUGAAAGAAAAUGUAAAAUCCAUACUAUGUCCACCAAGUCUUUGGAAUCUGUGGCCCAUGAUUGCUCAAAAUGGAGAAGGAGCAUUCCAGAUGACACUGAGAACCUCAAGUUCAUGCAUCAAGAGCACAAGGAAGCCCUGUGUAAAACAUGGAAGGAGCACACUACCUCACAAACUACCCACCUGCCUGUCUCAACAACUAAUUCUGGUAGUCUGCAGGUCCCACAUUGGCCUUAUCAGGGAACUGGAAUGGAAUCAAGUAAUCUUCGACCUUGAGGGACUAUGCAUGAAGAAGAACAAGGGUGGGAGAGCAGGAAGGAAUAUAGCCAAUUUCCCUCCUUUUGUCAGCUUUCCUAACAUGCAAAACUCCACAAAAUGAAUCACUGAAGAACAUGUUAGAAUAAAGAAAUAAUGUACAUCAGACCUUGACACUGGAGAUAUUUUGCAGCAUGUAUUUUAAACAGUAGAUGGAUGCAAGCAUUGCAGCACAUUCAGGAACCAGUUGAUAGAUGCUGAUACCCGUAGUCUGUGAUAUUUGAGAAUAGUACAGUUACAACAUAUCCCUUUUGUGUUGCCGCACAUCCAAAUUUCCUGAAAACUAUUCAGGUUUGAUCUUCUUCAUGUAUAAGGUUCCAAAAUUGUGAUGAAAGUGUCAAAGGGCACAUUAUGGAAAGGACAUUUUUUUUUAAAGUUUAUGCUUGUUUUGGAUGUGGAUGUUGCUGCAAAGGCCAGCAUUUACUGCUCAUCUCUAAUUACCCUUCAGAGGUGGUGAGCUACCUUCUUGAACUGCUGCCAUCCUUCUGGGCCGACUUGGAGGGGAACUGGAGCCGGUGGUGUUUCCAUACACCUGCUGCCCUUUUUCUUUUGGUUGGUAAUGGUGGUGGGUUAGGGAGGUGCUUUUGAAGUAGCCUGGGCAAGUAACUGCAGUGCAUUUUGUAGGUGCUACUGUAACCAGUGGUGGAGGGAAUGAAUGUUUAGUGUGGUGGAUGAGAUGGCAAUCAAGCAGACUGCUUUAUCCUGGAUUCUUGAGUGUUGUUGAAGCUGCACUCAUCCAGGAAAGUGGAGAGUAUUCCAUCAUACUCUUGACUUAUUCCAUAUUGUUGGUGGUAAGGCUUAGGGUUUCAGGAGGUGAGUUGCUUGCUACAGGAUACCCAUCCUCUGAUCUCUCGUGCAUCCACAAUACUUCUGCAGUUGGUCCAGUUGUGUUUCUGAUCAAUAGUGACCUCCCAGAAAGUAGAAGGGGGGAGGGAGGCAGAAAUGUAUAUGCUGUUCCAUUAUCAAGGGUUGCAGAUGAUCAUUGUCUAGCAAUUUUGUGAUGUGAAUGAUAUUUACUGCAGAUCCACCCUUGUCUGCAUAUUGUCCAAGUCUUGCUUCAUGGUGCCGUAGAUUGGAAAACAAACAAAAUUGCAGAUGCUGAGAUCUGAAACAAAAACAGAAAGUGCUGUAAGAACUCAGGUAGUCAAGCAGGGUUUGUGGAAAGAGAAACCAGUUAAGGUUUCAGGUUGCGGAUCAUUCCUCAGAACUGGGGAAUUCAGAACUCUUCCCCAGUUCAGAGGAAGAGUCCCUGAUCUGAAACGUUGACUGGUUUCACCUUCCAUAGAUGCAGCUUGAGAGGCUGAGUUCAUCCCGCAUUUUGUGUUUUUGUGCCACAAUAGAUUGCUUUGUUUGCUGAGGAGCUGUGAAUGGAAUUGAACAUGGUGCAGCAUUUCACUUCUAACUUACUUGUAAAUGAUUUUCAUUACUUGUUGAAGCCAUUGAAGAUGUUAGGCUUAAGACCAGGGAGGCUACUACAGUUCUGUCCUGAGAUUGAGAUCAUUAACUUCCAGUAACCUCAACCACAAACACAUGCUCAAUUGUCUUGCAUUCAUGACAUUAUUUACUUUCAAGCAUGCAUGUGGAUGCAGUAUUAUGGCCAUGAUUGGCAUUCAGGUUCAUUAAAUUUUAAACAGUAUCUAAAAUUUUACUUGUUCAACAAAUCAUUAUGAAUUAAUUGACAUAAUAUAUUUCUAGAAAUAUAUCAGCAGCAAAUACACAUUUUUGGGGUACAAGUUAAAGAUAUUUAUAAAUUGUUUUGAUAAAAAAGUAAAAUUUUGUGAGUUUUGUAUUCUUGCUCUCAAAUUUAUUUAUGUUUUAUUUCUGAAAGCCAAGGAAGUUCCCAGUUUGACUUUCAACAAACGCAUCAAGAACAUUGUAAACAGCUCAAGUUCCAAAGGCCAUUGUUAUAGUCUGGCUUAUGACACAAUUAUUUAAAACAAAUGUUUUUCUUUAGGCUUGAUAUUAUAGGUUGACCUCUAAGCAGCAUAUGCCUGAUAAGCUGGCAUUAUGUAAAAUAAUUCUCCUUUUUCUUAAAGUGAGUUGAUGUGAAACUUUUGUUUAUUUUUGCUAUGCUAAAUUAAAAUGUAAGGCUGAGUGAAGCAGAAGUAAGCUUUAGAGUAAAAAAAUAGCUUGGGAAAUGUUAUAACAGGUUUUGAUAGUUUGCAUGGUAAAGGAAAAUAAAUAUCAUAUAAUAUCUGAAUGAUAUAUUUCAGCUGUGUAUAACAUCCUCAACAUUUUGAAAUAUAGAAUCUUAGUGUUUAAGAAAGGUCAUGAAGUCCAAGGCAUAGAUUUUACGGAAGGCAUAUUUAUGUGACCUAAAAUACAAUUUACAAUAUUGGACUCUGCAGUAGGUGUGAACAGUUUAAAACAAAAACGAUUUACCAUCUUUACAACUGAUGCAAAAGGUAAAUUCCUUUCCCAAGCUCAAGACACUCAAUUUUUAUGUAGUACAUGGAAUGAAAUUUAUCCCAAUCCAACAAGGUCUCUUUUCCAAUUUUAUAUAUCAGAAUUUGUCAUGAAGUAUAAAACAAGAGAAUCAAAUAAAAUGUUUUAUUUUCUCUUAAUUGGGAUAACUAUUAUAAUAUUGGAGAUAGUUAUUCGUCCAUUUACAACACUACUAUUGAAACACAUUUUAUAGAUGUCAGAGAAUCCCUAUAUUAAAUUUGACAAGGAGAGUUGGGAGUUUUUAGUCAAUAUCAGUCACUUUAGAUAUAUUUCUCAUGUUCUGAUUGGAUGAAAUAGGUCUUUGCCAGUAAUCCAAGGCAAGUUCAUGAAGAAUUGGCAGUACAUUUACACAGUGCCUAGUUUUAUUUUCCAUUAGAUUCUAUCAUACUUCGGAAAGAUCAACAGAAGUUGACAGUAUUACUGUGUAAAAGAUAUUUUAAUUGUCUUCACAUUCUCUUUUAUAUUAUGUCAAAAAAGGAAAAUUUGAGAACAUGGUGAACGUGUUUCAAAUAAAACAAAAUGCUUUAAAUUCUAUCUGUGGUGUGAGGAACAGAUUGAAUGGUUCAGGUCAAAGACCAUUUGACAGAACUAGGUAACAUUAGAGAUAUAAAAUGUUUUAAUUAAUAUAGCAUUAAAUGAUUUCUUUGAGAAUUCAUUCUAUAUUCUGCUAACCUUUGGCAAAAGGCCAUCAUGUCUUUCUUGAAAUGUAGUCAUUUUAUAUUAUAUCCUGUAUUCUCUGUACAGAGUAAGUUGAAUAAAUCUA